UUAUGGAUUUUGAUUUAAAAGCUCUAUCAUUAAAAAAAAAAAAAUCGAAUUUUUCCGGAUUCCGAACUACAAUUUCGGUUUUCCCAUUUUAUCUUCCUUUUCCGGUUUUCAAGUAAAAGAUGGCUCGUGUAAGAACGAAGACCGUCAAGAAGGCAGCGCGUGUAAUAAUAGAGAAAUAUUACACGAAGCUCACCUUGGACUUCCAUACCAACAAACGAGUGUGUGAAGAAAUUGCAAUCCUGCCCAGUAAGAAACUGAGAAAUAAAGUUGCAGGAUUUGUCACACAUUUGAUGAAACGUAUCCAGAGGGGGCCAGUGAGAGGUAUCUCCAUCAAACUGCAAGAGGAGGAGCGUGAACGCAGAGACAACUACGUCCCAGAGAUCUCCUACAUUGAUCAACAUGACGUUAUUGAAGUUGAUCCCGACACUAAAGAAAUGUUGAAAUCUUUGGAUUUUGGAAACCUUCAAGGUCUGCAGGUCACACAACCUAUUGCAACUGUUCAGGGCUACAGACAGCCACGAAUGUAAAAUAAAAUUAACUAAGCCCAACAA